GUAUUUGUCUGCAGCGAGCCCACCGUGCCUCGGGCCGCCAGGCUGCACAGGAUCACGGUCAGGCAGAACGCACUCAGCCGGUACGUGGGAUGCAUUUUUAUCGAUUUCCUUGUUUAUCGAGCCAGCGACGGAACUGAAACAUGUCCCGCACGGAGCGGUAACUUUUAUAGAAUCCCUUCGCGCCGCGCCUGACGGUGCAGCACGGCAAAGGGAAGGAUGUGCUGGGAGCAGUGCAUUUCGGUGCAAGGGGUGCAGGUGAAAUUUUAUUUCACGUCCGUUACCACUUUUGGCUGCUACCAAAAGUGUCUUCGCUUCGCAAAUCCGGAAACGUUCUCCAAGCCCGGCCAUACAAACGAUUGGAAGGAAAUAAAGGUACACCGCAGGAGAGCAAAACGUAACGGCUUGGAAGUUUAUAAAAGCGGCUUGGUUGGGCACACCGCCCGGCAUACAGAACGGACCGCACUAGCAGAAUGCAUCGGACAGCGGGAUUUGUGCUGAUCGCGGGACUGAUCGUCGUCCUCUGCCCGGAUGUCCGGGGCCUGUACACGUCGAGCGAUGUGAACACGUCGAAGCAGAGCUACUUUUUCGGCGCAAAAGAUGCGGCCGACAUUUUGUGCUACUCUAAAACGCUUCUCAAAGGCUCGGUAAUGCCACAGGAUGUGUCGUACACCAAUCCGACAGCGGCUAAAAACAUCAACUUUAUUACGCUGGCGGCAGACAGGUACUCAACGCACGGAUUUACGGCCGAUAUUUCUAGUGGCAAGAUUGGAACAACGACCGUUACAAUUAAGAUAAAUGCAAAGUCUAUUUUGCCGUACGCCAUUAUAGUGAAGUACUAUUGUGUAAAGUAAUGUAGCAGCAGUAAGAAAGGAGCGCAUUGUUUUGUUACUUUAAUAAAUAUUUAUUGUCAAAUUUUUAA